GGACCUUACCCCAUGGUUUAACCAACAGUCAGGCAAGUCCGCCCUGAAUAAUUUCGGGAGGACGCGUGAUCGCAGACAAUGGACUCGCUACACUCAUUUCUAUAUUUGGCUGCCGGGCUAAUAAUAAAAGUGGAUCAUUUCCACCCAGGACUAGCUAAAGGCGUUGGCAGGCACAACUUGUAGCAAGGGGAUAAAGUAACUUAAGGAAAUCAUUUGCGAUGUCUGAAAUGUUUUCGAAUGGUUUGGUUCUUGCGUUGGCCUUGAUUUCAAUGGUCAAGGUCUCCACCGGAGACUUUAACCUUACGGUUUUGCACACUAAUGACUGUUAUGACCGUAUCGAAUAAAUCAGCGGCUCGGGUCUACCAUGCAACCCAGAGCUCCUGGCAGAUGAAAGGUGCUUUGGAGGGGUAGCCCGACGGGCCACGGUCCUCAAGGAAAUUCGUGAGAGGGACUCCGGGAAUGAAAACAUCAUUUUCCUGGAUACAGGUGACCAGUUCCAAGGCACAGACUGGUUUUACUUCUACAAGGGAAAUGCAACGGCACACUUUAUGAACCUGCUAGGUUACGAUGCUAUGGGCUUGGCAAAAAGUGAGUUUUUAAGAGAUGUUCCAGGACUGGUGCCGUUUUUAGAGCAAAUCGAAUUUCCUGCCGUGAGCUCCAACAUCAAUACCUCUAAUGAACCAUCCAUGCAGCCCCUCCUCUCCAGGAGUCACGUGAUCACUGUAGGAGGUGAAAAGGUAGGCGUGGUUGGAGUCACCAAACCAGAAACUCCCGAUCUGGCUAUGACAGGAAACCUCAUAUUCGAACCAGUCAUCGAGUCCGUCCAGGCAGCCGUUGAUGCUCUCGUGGACGACCACGGUGUCAAUAAGAUCAUUGCCCUCAGCGACUCCAGCUUUGAGAUCGACCAAGAGAUCGCGAGAUCUGUGCAAGGAGUCGACAUCGUCAUUGGAGGUCAUCCAUAUACCUUUCUCUACACAGGUGAUCCGCCUUAUGAUGAAGAAGCUAAAACAGGUGACUACCCAUUAAUCAUCCACCCCUCGUAUAAUGACAGUCUCGAUAUCCCCGUCGUCAGCGCCUACCUUUUCGGGAAGUAUCUUGGUUAUCUCGAAGUCACAUUUGAUGAUGAGGGUGCCGUGACGUCAUAUGCGGGAAAUCCCAUCGUACUGGACAAAGACGUAGCAAAAGACCCUGAAGUGCUAGCUGAGGUCGAAGCAUGGAAAGUUCUAGUCGACGCUACCUCGAAUACCGUGGUUGGAUCAGCCGACGUCGAGUUGGUAGGAAGCCUCAGCGUGUGCGGUGUCGGUGAAUGCAGCAUGGGUAGCAUGCUGACGGACUCGAUGAGGUUCGCUCACGGGAUGGGAUGGGAUGUCGACAUCGCCAUCACAUCGACCGGGAGUUUUGCUUCAUCUAUAGACCAAGGCAACAUCACCAUCAGUGACCUGACACGCACCAUUCCCUACGGUGACACUAUCGACCUUCUUGAACUAACUGGGGAAUCUAUCAUAGCCAUUCUUGAGAAAUCCGUUACUGGUUUUGAAACUUCUUCUGCAUCGACUGCCUUCUUGCAGCUUUCAGGAGCGGUGGUCGAAUACGACCUAACGCACGAGAACGGUGAUCGCGUCCUGAGUGUCAAACUUCCAUGUGACUCAUGUGAUGACGGAUACGAAGCUAUCGACGUCGAAACCGUUUACCAUGUUGCGAUGAACAGUUACAUAUCUGGUGGUCAGGAGGGAUACACCAUCAUUCUCGAAAGUACCAUCAGUCGAGUAAGAGGAAGCCUGGACGUCGACGUAGCCGUGUCUUACCUCAAUGAUUUUUCCCCAAUCAUGGCAAGCACCUCGGCUCGUAUCGUGAUCUAUGACGAGGAGAAUCGACCAAAUGCAUCCACAAUGCUCACAGCGCCAUCUCUGGGGGUUUUGCUCCUAGUUUUUCUCGGAAGCAUGAUGGCCUUCAAGAUUUAAGCCUCG